UAAAACUCCAUUUUACAGAGGUUGAUAUUGCAGCAACACGUAUUCAUUUUAGUUUUGUUUACGUCGCUGUCUGCUCCUCCUGACGCACCAAUUCAGCACAUUUUCCAGCAGAGAUCAUUGUGAGAUCGCAAGUCGGGAGGAUGACACCGCGAGUGUAUUUCUUGUUGAUUGCUGUUUUAUCGUGUCUGUUCGGGUACUUGAGCAAAACUCACGCUAUUCAAAGACGAACCACAGUGGACGGUUUCUGUCCGGCGAGGCUGACGGUCGUGCCGUCCCAUCGAGGAUGUUCUUCUGAUAAAGACUGCCCUGGAGGACACACAUGCUGUCGAUUUGACUGUGGGCCUGUUUGCGUGCUGCCUGUUUUCAUGAAGCCGGGUCAAUGUCCCAUACCGGAGAUGAUUCCACUGUGUGCUAAAAGCUGUUUCCAUGAUGGCCAGUGUCCUGCCACACAGAAAUGUUGCCCAACCUCCGCUGGCUUUGCAUGCAGUGAACCACAUGGUCAGGGAAGAGGUCAGGCAAGUUGUCAAGAGAGCAGCCAGGGAAGCGGCCAGGGCCAGGGAAGGGGCCAGGGCAGCGGCCAGGGAAGCGGCCAGGGACAGCGGCCAGGGCCAGGGCAGCGACCAGGACAGCGGCCAGGGCAGCGGCCAGGGCCAUGGAAGCGGUCAGGGAAGCGGCCAGGGAAGCGGUUAUGGCCAGGGCAGCGGCCAGGGAAGCGGCCAGGGCCAGGGAAGUGGUCAGGGAAGUGGCCAGGGAAGCGGUUAUUGUCAGGGAAGCGGCCAUAUAUCUGGGGAGUCCAUAACAGCUGCAAUCUUGUUCAGUGCCAGUGGAUGAGGACGCCCGUAUCUAUCCGUUAACGCCUCCAUAGUGUC